CUCUCUCUCUCUCUCUCACACACACACACACUCAAAAAUAAAUCACACCGACCUCCUCGUCCCACCUCGCAAUCCCCAAUCUCAUGCUCUUCUGCAACCGAUCUCUUGCUCUCACCUUGGGUUUUGGCGGAGAGAUCAUUGGUUAGCUUCGACGACGAUCUCCAAUCUCGUGAGAACCCUCUCCAAACCUCCGAUUGGGUGCAACCGAGGCCUCAACACCCUUCUCAGCUCACACACCGCCAAAUAAAUGCAGCCCUAAAAAUUCAUCAACAGGCAAGACUUUUCCUUGCAAUAGCAGUUAUUGUGAACAUCAAGGUGAAUGCUCUAAAUCAGCAGGCCAGUACCCCUACAAAGUCAAAUAUGGCACGACUUGCUUUUUGCAAGUUCAUGGUAAAGCCAUCAACUUUGCUUGUUUUACUUGAGCCAACCAACCAUUUGGAUAUACCAUCCAAAGAGAUGUUUGAGGAGGCAAUAUCAGAAUAUCAGGAAAUUGUCAUUACUGUCUCUCAUGAUCAGUACUUCAUAAGACAGAUAGUUAAUAGGGUAGUGGAGGUGAAGGAUAAAGGCCCUAGUAACUAUGUAGGCGAUUAUAACUAUUACUUGGAAAAGAACCUCGAGGCUAGAGAGAACUUUCACGUGAGGCAGAGCUUGAGGAGAAGGCCCCUUAAGAACCUCAAGGCUAGAGAGGGAGAACUUUCUUGUGAGUUACAUCAUAUUAAAGAAAUACGGGUUGACACAUAUAUGGUAUUACUUGGAAAAGAACCUCGAGGCUAGAGAGAACUUUCACGUGAGGCAGAGCUUGAGGAGAAGGCCCCUUAAGAACCUCAAGGCUAGAGAGGGAGAACUUUCUUGUGAGUUACAUCAUAUUAAAGAAAUACGGGUUGACACAUAUAUGGUAUUACUUGGAAAAGAACCUCGAGGCUAGAGAGAACUUUCACGUGAGGCAGAGCUUGAGGAGAAGGCCCCUUAAGAACCUCAAGGCUAGAGAGGGAGAACUUUCUUGUGAGUUACAUCAUAUUAAAGAAAUACGGGUUGACACAUAUAUGGGGUUGUGGAGCCAAAUAUGUAAGAAAGAAGCUAAUGUAAAUACGCUGUAGCUAAUAC